CACAGGGCAGGACACACUGUUGGCCCUGUGGCCACCACGUCCUGGCACCUCUCGCAGCUGGAAGUCACUGGGCCACCCAGGUGCUGAUGCUGAAGGGCUGUUCAUGGGCCAGCAGAGCUCCUGCAGCUUCCAGGAUCUGCAGCAGGCAGAGCAGCCAAAGCCUGCUCAGGCCUGGGAUUGAGCCAGCUCUGGCUGGCAUACUUGGGGUGCUGAUGGUUCCUGUUCUUCCCAGUUGACAGAGGUGCCAGCAGCAGCUGGGGCGUGCCAGAUGUCCUUUACAAUCCACAGGCCUUGAACAAUUUUGUGCCUGGAUCCAGCAUGGUGUGGGAGCCCUCAGUGAGGGUGGUGCAGCCGGUGCUGGCGGUGCCCGAGGCCGGGGGCUGCCGGUGGGGCGGCGGGGACCUCCUGCAGCAGUGCCUGUGGGCAGCGGGCAUCACCGAGCAGCUGCUGGAGGCCGAGGCCAAGCGGGACCAGCUCCCCGUGGCUUCCCACAGCGUCCCACGGAUCCUCCCCGGAGCUGGGGCCCAGCAGCCGCUCCUCCAGCCCUUGGUGCAGCACCUCGGGCCCUUCCCCGGCCUCCAGCCGGCCAUGGGACACCUGGGGGGACAGCAGGUGGUGGCCACCGCCCUGCCAUCACACCAGGUCGUGUUCCUGCCGCAGCCUCUCCAGGUGCCGCAGAGGAUCAUCCUGCAGGUGAAGCAGCCAGGCCCUACCACACUCACCCUGCUCCCCAGCCCAGCCUCCUGUGUCCUGGGGAGUGGCCAGGGGCCAAGGCCACCAGCCCACAAACCCCACUGCCACCCCCAUUCUGCCACCCCAUCACACCCUGGAGCAGCAGCACUCGUGCACAGCAGCAUCCCCACGCCCCACGCUGUGGGAAUUGAGCUGCGGCACGGUGAAAACUUCAGGGACCCAAAAUGUGGGAAAAUGGAUUAUUUUGUUUAUUUUUAAUAAAAAUUCUUGAUGGAAAGUGUCCUAAGAA